AAGUAAAUGCGGGUCACGUCGUCGCCGUACUUUGGUUCCGAAGUGUAACAUUAACAUGCGCAGACAGCAGCGCAGACAGACGCCGAGUCCGGUUACAACGCUAAAAAAACCCGCUAAUACAGACACAAUGACAACUUUUGUCUUCAUUUUAAGGUGUCAGCUUGGAUAUUUAUCAAUGGAGGCGACAUAGUUCGCCGAGAAGCAGCCUGCCCUCGGUGUUGUCGAAACAAGAUGAUAAAAAACUGGGGCGUCAUUGGUGGGAUAGCUGCUGCGUUUGCGGCCGGAGUAUACGUUUUGUGGGGCCCAAUUACAGAGAGAAAGAAGAGAAAGAGAGGUAUGGUUCCUGGUCUGUUGAACUUAGGCAACACCUGCUUCCUGAACUCUUUGCUUCAGGGUUUGGCAUCAUGUCCGUCCUUCAUCGGCUGGCUGGAGAAGUUUUCAGGUUCGCCUACGAUCCAGUCAUGCAAAGACAACCAGUUGUCCACAACACUGCUUCAGCUUCUCAAAGCUCUGUCCAGUGAUGAGCCUGGGGAGGAAGAUGUACUCGAUGCCGGAUGCCUCCUGGAUGUUCUCCGGCUGUACCGGUGGCACAUUAGUUCAUUUGAAGAGCAGGAUGCACAUGAACUUUUUCAUGUCCUUACAUCUUCUCUGGAGGAGGAGCGGGAUCAUCAACCCAAAGUCACUCACUUGUUUGACGUGCAGUCCCUCGAGAGUCUACCUGAUCAAGAUGAGAAAACUAUGACCUGCAGAAGUCGAGCCCCUCUUCAUCCAAUACCAAGUCCUUGGAAGUUUCAGCAUCCUUUUCAUGGUCGUCUAACAAGCAACAUGUCAUGCAAGCGCUGCGAACAACAAAGUCCGGUUCGAUAUGACUCAUUUGAGAGUCUCUCCCUGUCCAUCCCUUUACCUCAGUGGGGGCGACCUAUGUCUCUAGAUCAGUGUCUCCAGCAUUUCAUCUCCUCAGAAACCAUCAAAGAAGUGGAGUGUGAAAACUGCACCAAGCUUCAUCAAGGGUCCACAGUAAAUGGGCAAGUUCUGGAAAGCCAGAGGACGACAUUUGUUAAACAGCUAAAACUGGGAAAGCUCCCCCAGUGCCUCUGCAUCCAUUUACAAAGACUGACGUGGUCCAGUGAAGGAACUCCUAUCAAAAGACAGGAGCAUGUGCAGUUCACAGAGUAUCUAUCCAUGGACCGCUACAAACAUACAGCUUCCACACUGAGAAGUCAGCGGGUCAAAUGUGCUCCAAAUCCCAUAAGGGCAGAAAAUUCAGACGAUUCCGUGGAGAAACCCACUGCUAAUGGAACCGAAGCAGAGCAUCGUAACAACAACAACAAACCUUUUUCCAAUGGAACUUGUUCUUCUGUAUUACUUCACUCUCCUGGUGUGAACCCACCGCUCGGCCUCACAUAUGACUACAGUUCUACAGAGUACCUUUUCCAGCUCACGGCUGUGCUGGUUCACCACGGUGACAUGCACUCAGGACAUUUUGUGACGUACCGCCGCAGCCCUUCCUCACCUCGCAGCUCUACCCCCUUCAGCUCUCAGUGGCUUUGGGUGUCGGACGACUCGGUACGAAAAGCCAGCCUGCACGAGGUGCUGUCUUCCAACGCGUACAUGCUCUUCUACGAGAGAGUCCGAAGGCUGCACCUCGCUCUGUGCUCGGAGGAGUAACCAGAAGCCUGAUUAACUUCUGUCUUUCCACUCAGACUGUCACCGCUGCAUUUGCCGGUUGCUGUACAACGUGGGUACCAACAGGUGGAUUAUGAUUUUGUGACAAUGAGACCAGAGGGUUAUUGUAGAGAUCAUUUCGCACCAUGGAUCACAACAUGUUUAAAGGUCGUCGUUUGAUGUGUUCUGACAUUAAAUACACGAGAGCACACGUCUCUGAUCCAGAGUGGGAGGCUCUCAAUCCCAAAGAUUAUGGACCUGCAAGAUUUUUUUCUUUAAACGUUUCUUUGAUACGUGCAACAAUUUCCUUCGUGUAACAUUUUGGCUUCUAUGGGACAAAAAACAGGAACACCUGACAAUACAGUGCACUCCAAAGUAAAAGCCCUGCAAUACAUUGUUCAUGUGUGAAGCUUACAAUGUUAUUUUGUUGUUGAGGCUGUCAGAGGUGUUAACUCAAUUCUGUGGCAUUUGUAUGAUGCUGUAGUUUUUGGUGUUAAAUCGGGACGCAGUAUACUUUUAAAGGUGUUCCUGUUAUUUUGUCCACUGCCUGUACAUUACAGACACAGACAGAAGUAGCUGAUUAGGAUUUCUUGGAGCUGUUACCUAGAGGUUGUUACAUAUUACGAGAAGUCAAAUAGGUAGAAUUUUCCUCAACUCUGGUUCUCUAUCGUCUAAUAUGCCUAAUCAUUCCCAGCAGUGUAUGUAGACUGUAUUGGAAAUAAUGUUUUAAUUGACAUCGUUCAUAAGCAGUUGAAUUUGAUAUUUUUAUAUGUUUCCAGUAAUCCUCAAACUGUCAUGAUUUGCGGAGCUGCACAGUUGAGGUUAAAGUGCCAUGUUGUCUUUUUAAAAGUCCAGUGUGUAACAUUCAGGAGGAUCUAUCGGCAGAAAGGGAAUAUAAUAUCCAUACGUAUGUUUCAGUUAGCGUAUAAUCACCUGAAAUAAGAAUAGAAUGAGCUGUUUU